AUGGGCCAAACCCCACUUGACCAACCUGCCAGUAUCGAUGAGUUGGUUCCCACCAUGUCCCAACUAGCACAGCGAAGAUUCGGCGCCGAAGAGGACGCCCAGACGAUUGACAACGAUAUUCCCGAGCCUUCCCAGGAUAUUCCGACCGGUAUAUCUGGCGAUACUGGAUCACUAUCUUCUCCAGGGGACCAAGAAUCGACAACCAAUGCACAUGAUACCUCCAUGAACAGUGGAAGAGGAUAUCCUGUUCUUGAACACUGGGCUGCCAGCCUCAAAGAUGGGUUCAAUGCCGGUGGACCAUCUGGGUUAGAGUGGGCGAUGGACUUUGAACGACGCAAGAAAGAGGCCAACCAAAAACACCGCAGUCGCCCUGUCCCCGACCAGAAAACAAAUGAGCCAUCAAGUCAACCACAAAGCUCUCAAGCUUCACAAAGACCGCAUCACAACCGUUUCGUCGCAGCCAAAGCCGCAUUGUCUGCCGACCGCCCUUUUGCCCCCGAGGUAACCUCCAAACCAGCCAUUGCUCUAUAUGACCCCAGGGCAUAUUUGAUGCGCCAUGAAAGUUCCAAGGCGUCCCAAAACCGGCCUCUGGAUGGAUCAAACAACAGACGUCAUCAUACGAGCCGUUUACCUUUUGAACGGAUUCCCGAUGGCCAUGAUCUCCACGAUAUCUGUUUAUCCGUGUCAACAGACUUGCCAUCGAUAUCCGACUCCUUUAAAAUUGCAACCUCGCUCGACUCUUAUAUUAAUGGUGGCAAAGAUGCUGAAGCUUUUAUUGACCCUGAAAUCAACACUCUAGUUCCCAUUUGGACAAAGCGGCUGCAAUCCAUCGUCGCUAGAGAGUACAAGGGGUCAGGCAGUCAACCCUGUUCUGAUCAAGCUCAUCUUGACGCCAUCAUCGCGAAGCAUCUGAAGCUCCACUACUAA